AUGGCCAGUUACCAGCACAUCCACCUAGCAACCAAGCCCACCGCCCAAAUAAGCUAUGGGUUCCAUGAGCCUGUCUCCACACCCAGCACUGUGCUCGUCGUCUACUUGAAUGGAAUGGGUCUCCCCCAAGGAUCAUGGGCCGCCUCAAUUACCCAACUCCAAGCAAUCAGAAAAGGCGCAUCCAUUCCAGCCCUACUGACAUACGACCGCUUCGGUCAGGGCCAGACCACAGAUCGCGACCCGCAAGAUGAAGGGGCCUCUGAUCCGACACACGGCCACGACUGUCUGAGUGCAGUCAAGGAUCUCCGGCAACUGAUUACCCAGGUUGCCAGCGAGAAGCUCGGCGUGGCAGACGUGAACAGCCUCUCCCUCGUGCUGGUGGGCAAUUCCAUCGGCUGCCCGCUCGCCCGUCUCUAUGCGCACGAGUAUCCCCACACCGUCGCCGCGCUCCUCUUGCUCGAUAGCAAUAUCGCUAGUACGGACUUUGUAUCCGUGUUCCCGGACCCAGACGAAGAGGGUUUCAAUCCUGCUACUCUGCCGCCCGAUGUAACGCCUGAUCUUCUGCGCGGUACCCGCAUGGGUGCGCGCAAGAUAUUUCACCCUGAUGUCGGUAGCAAAGAGGGUCUGAGCCGGAAGAAUCUCGCUACUCUGUUGCCUGCGAGCGAUGGGCCUAAGCUAAAGGGUCCCAAUGGUCAUGGGCCCUUUGUUACUGUUGUGGGGCACGAUUUCGAGACCUUUGCAGAAGAAUCGAGCAAGAUGGGAAGCCCGAAGUCUGUGACUAUGACGUAUCUGAAUCCAUUCUGGCAUAAGUAUAACGAAGGACUGAUCAAGAUUACGGACGAGGGGAGGAGUAAAGGGCCACUGCAGGCGCCGGGAUCGGGGCAUUUCGUUCAGAAGGAUAAUCCGGCUUUUGUGGCUCAAGAGUUGGAUGAGCUUCUGUCGAAGGUGCUACAGUAA